AGAGUCUUUUAACAAGUAAAGUAAUUCCUGGAAAAGGUCUUAUAUAAGCUGAAAGAAAAGUAGACCUAGCGGUGAUCGGUAUACUUGAAGUAUAGAAAAAGAGGUUGAUGAAAUAGCCAUGAAGUAGAAGUGGAUUAUACUUCGAUAGAAUCUUCUCAGUAAGUAGUAUUUAACUCUUCCAAGAAAACACGAACAUAACCGAUUCAAAGAAUUUCAAUUUUCCACAACAUGGAGGAUUCAUUAGAUUUCACGGGUCCGUCUUCUGCCGAAAAGGCUGCUGUCCUCGAAUGGUUGCAUUCGUUUCAGCGUGGAUCCGUCGGAGAUUUCGCGCAGCUGAUGGACGGUCAAUUGCUCCGACACGUGGCAUCUGCGAUCACAGGGCAUGGCUCUCAGCGCACGAGUGCAGGUGGAUUCGCAUCUGGAGGGUUCGAACUCGUCCGAAACGACAUAGCAGACAGUCUGGUAGAUGCGCCGCGCCGCGAGCUCUUCUUGCUGUCGACGAAACCGCUCGCAGCUAUUAUUGGACGACAGGCAAAAGUGGUGCGUGGCGCAACAGACUUGUAUGCGAAAAAUCAUCCACUUACAACUCUACGGUGAAAUCUAUACACAGACUUGAUUCCUUUUCGAAGUGCACUAGUGCUUACUACUAGAAGAUACCGAAUCCAUGGUGCUUGGACAACUAGAAGAGUUCUUGGAUCAUGCUGAAACUUGUUUACGCGUAUUAAAAAUCUGUUUAAAUCAACAUCAGCUCUCUACUUUAUCGCGAAGUGGUCUAGGGAUCGUUCAAGGCAUAACUUUGCGUUCAUAAGUGGUAUCACCUGUACCGGAUGGUGACGUUUCUCAUUCUGCUCGCUGUCGAGUGCCCGGAGAAAAAUCAGCAUAUAGCCGGAGUGAUCAAGCUAUCAGGUAGCACGCAGCGCGUGGUUAUGCAGAUCAUUCAGUCACUGCACGAUGAAGUGGAGGCAUUCGGGAAGCAGCGUACUGGACCCACGUACUCCCUCGAAGACGAACGGGAUAGCCGGAAGCGCCGCGAUGACGUCCUUCUUGCGGGAGCUUCUCGGGACGAGGCUGGCGGAAGUCGAGGAUCUUCCUGGCGCCCUAAUUCGGACGUGGUAGAAAACAGCGCGCAUGGUAGGGGAUAAGCUGAACGUUUUCAAUCUUACAUUUCUCGAAGUGAUUCAGUAAUCAUAAGCUCGUGCAAGAGUGUCGCUAGCCAUGUACACGGUUUUUCACGGUCGGUUUGGCCAUCGUUCGCUUGUACGAUUGAAUGUAGCUCGUCUAUGAUUUUAUAUUUGUUUCACCAUCAUUGAAGUACGAGUACCUACAGGUCCUGCUUCCAGUAGUGCAGGAAUCGCGAGUUCUGAGAGUCCGGCGAGUGUAGCGCACCUUCAGGACGAGUUGGAGCGGUUGCGAAGUGAGCUGAGUACGGCGAAGCGGCGGGGCGAACGUUCUGAGCGAGCGCGUGAGGAAGCCCUACACGACGCUGCAGUCGAGCAGGAGACGCAGCGCGAGCGGGAGCGCGUGCGCUUUGCAGAGCGCGAACAGGAGUUGCUGGCGCAGCUAGCGCAAUUGCGGGACCACACAGACGUAUUGCAAGCACAGGCGGACGACUAUCAAGCUCUAGAAAAGCGCUAUGAGCGCGCGCGCCGCGAGGCGGAAAGAUGGCGCGCGAAGUACGAGGAACUUGUGCGACAGGCAGGUGGCACUGGAGAAGGGCAGCAGUCUAAGAGCGGCAGGUCGGACGCACUAGCGGAUGGUGAAGAGGGAGGCCCGGAUGGCGCCGCGGUGGGAAAGUCCAGUCGCGGAGGUGUCGACCCGUCAUCGUCAGCGGAAGAAACGCUACGUUUGAAAGUCCGGAAAUUGGAAACUGAAAAAGCAGGUCUAGAAGAGCGUGCUUCCAUUCUACACGAGAAACACGAAAAAGUUUUAGGCUCGCACCAGCAACUUCAGCAAGUCAAACAACGUUUAGAGAUCGAGGUAUACAAUUCCAUGCCCGUUUGCAUGAGUUUACUACUCACUCACUCACUCACUCACUCACUCACUCGAGCUAAAUCAUCGUGCGUUUUUUGACAACGAUAAAUGGCUAGGGGCACAGGUUGAGUUUGGCUUUAGGCUUCAUUCUACUCUGCUGAAUUUCUUCAGCUUGAAAUCGUGAAAAGCCUACUCGAAAUCGUACAUGGCUUUAUGACCACCACAGAUCGAGAAAUUGCAGCAGGAUUUGCCUGUGCACGACGGUGAUACAUUAAAGAUGCAGCUGGAACGAUACCGGGACCAGGUCGCGGCGCUAAAAAACGCUUUAGAAACGGUGCGAUCGCAAGUCAUCGAUAGUGACGCUUCGGAGCAGGAGGCGCGGGCGGCACUGGAGGCGCAUGCUGAGGCCUUGCGGCAGGAGCGUGCCCAUUGUGCUGCUCUAGAAAAGCGCCUGGAAGACAUGGCAACCGACAACCGCAGUGACACACAGCAACAAGGUGCCGAUACCAGACCGAAAAAGACGAGUUCACAGCAGGAGAUGGAGUUGGAGCUCCGUUUGUUAAACCAGCGCAUGGAGCGCGAGAGAAAAGCGAGUCGAGACGAGCAAAUGCUCAUGUCUUCAACCUUUCAUGAGAUUGGGCUUCGCUAUCAUCAAUUACUGAGCGAAUAUAAGCAUGUUUUGCGAGAAACUGGAAAAAGAGAUCGCUUGUUCCAGAAAGACUUGAGGUCCUGAGGCGAUGGACCCUGAAUUACCUAAAUGGAAUUGCAGAAAAAAUGUCUCUGGCUCUUGCAAUUUUUACUAGGGUUCACAAAAUCGCGCUGCCUGCAGCAGUAAUAAGUUUCCUCAAGG